UUUCCAACCCUAUCUGGUUUUGCUGGGAACUGGGCUGUGCUUUCCCUGCUGUCUGCUUCUGUAACUGGGCAGGUGUUGCCCAAGCCCUAAUUCCUCUUUCGAUCUGUAAUUAGGUGGGCUUGUGCGGCUUUCUGGAGGCGGUCGAGGGUUUACGGCCAUACGGAUAUAUUGUGGAAAGCUGGCAUCUUUAUCCUAUAGCAAGAAGAUCACUUUGAAAUCUCUGAAAUCCCUGGAUUCUAUCUGUUGAUAGCUGGUUAUGUUUAGCUUCUUACACUUGUUUUGUUUAUUUCAAAAAGGAGUAUGGAAGGCUGCUACUGUGGAACCAUUAAUCUGAGGCAGUGAACUAAUUCAACUGGAGAUCCUGACUUAGCUUUUUAUCCUUUAAAAUUUGCUAUUGAGAACUAAGAUUGUUCUAAGGUGGUGGAUUGACUGGUAAACCUUCGUGGGUAAUGAGCACCAUCUGUUUCAACAUUAAAGCAUUUUCUUGUGAUCAUAGAUGAUUUUUGAGUCUCAGGUUGGCAGCAGAUUCUAUGAUUUUCAGUCAAAUAUAAGUUAGAAAGUAGCUGUACAGUAGCAUGUGCCUAAAGUAAUGGUGAUGGCAUUGGGGGCAGCAUGCGGGCUAUUUUAGAUAGAGAUGCAAAGGUACACUGCAACCAGCGGUGGUGCUGGUGUCAGUAUCAGUUCAGUUGGUGGUGUAUCUUCCAGGGAAAAUACAAGGGUGGAUCCAUCUUUUCUAUCUUCCAACUUCUCCCAGAAUUCCAGGCGGCCACAGCCCUUGCAUCCAUACAAGCUUAAAAUUGAUAGGGAACCUCUUAAUUUCAGACUCGGGCCACCUGACCUCUAUCCCCAGACUCCUAAUUGCCCAGAAGAGACACUAACAAAAGAAUACCUGCAAUCUGGCUACAAGGAGACUGUUGAGGGAAUUGAGGAGGCUCGUGAGAUUGUACUUACUACAGCUAGUUAUUUCACAAAACCAGAACUCAUCUUGAAAUGUAAAGAGGCGAUAAGAAGACGCCUUAGGGCUAUCAACGAAUCUCGUGCUCAAAAGAGGAAGGCUGGUCAGGUUUAUGGAGUGCCACUGACUGGUCAUCUAUUGAUAAAAUCUGGUUCUUUUCCUGAGCAGAGGUCUUCAAGUGAAGAUUUCCGCAAAAAAUGGAUAGAGGCCCUAUCGUCGCAUGGUAAACGACUGAGAUCUUUAGCUGAUUAUGUUCCACAUGGAUACAGAAGAAAGUCACUUUUUGAAGUUCUUAUUCGUCAUAAUGUUCCAUUGCUAAGAGCAACAUGGUUUAUUAAAGUGACAUAUCUAAACCAGAUUCGGCCGGCCUCUAGCAUUUCAUCGGGCACACAAGAUAAAGCUCACUUUAACCGCACAGAAUUGUGGACAAAGGAUGUUGUUGAGUAUAUGCAACAACUUUUGGAUGAAUAUCUCACCAAGGAUGGAUCUGGGGCUCCUGUUUCUAGCAGAGAUCAAUCAUCUACAGGCGUAUUGUCUCGUUCAGCACCAAAGAUUGACUCUGGUGGUACAACAUCUGAUGUUGAGGAGCCUUCAUCCCUAUAUAAGUGGUGGUAUAUGGUGCAUCUUUUGCGUUGGAGCUACUCCGAAGGGCUAAUACUCCCAUCUGUUGUGGUUGAGUGGGUACUUAAUCAACUUCAGGAAAAGGAUUCAACUGAUGUUUUUGAGAUGUUGUUGCCUAUUGUUUAUGAGGUCAUUGAGAUUAUUGCCCUGUCACAAACUUAUACUCGUGGGUUAGUGGAUAUAGCUGUUCGAUCUAUAAAUGAUCUCUCUGUAGGUGGUUCUACCAUAAUAGAAACUUCAAAAAAGUCAUCCCUUUCCUAUGCUGUUGUUGAGAUAAUUCGAUACUUGAUACUUGCUGUACCUGAUACUUUUGUUGCAUUGGAUUGCUUUCCUUUGCCCCCAUGUGUGGUUCCUGAUAUAUUUUCAGCACGGAAAGCUUUUAAGGUAACUAAAGGUAUAGAUUGCAUUCAAAUUGGUAAACAAGAUGAUCAUCUUCGUUAUCUGUCAUUUGGAUAUGCUGCAUCAUCUAUCCAAAAACGUGCAUCUAAUCUUGCAAAUACUGCAAAUCCUGGAUUACAAGGUCAAGGUGCUGCCAAAAUUGUACAGCUUUUGGAUAAAGCUUAUAAUUUGGGGGAUACAAGGUUAGCAUAUAAUGCUGUCUUUGAGGAUUUCUUUGAUUUGGCUGUUGAAGAAAAAUGGAUGGUGGAGGUCAGUCCAUCUUUGCGAUCUUCUCUAAAAUGGAUUGGGAAUGUUGAUCUGUCCUUUAUUUGUUCAGUUUUUUUCAUUUGUGAGUGGGCAACAUGUGGAUAUAGGGAUUAUCGAACAACUGCUCCAGAGAAUCAUAAAGUUACUGGAGUGAAAAAUUUUUCAAAAGUAUAUACUGCAGUUUUCUUGUUAAAGCUGAAGAUGGAGCAAGUUUGUUUUUCCCCGCAGUCUAGAAAUGCUAAUUUAUCGGGUUCAACAGGGAAGGCUGUCUCUUGUCCUGAAAAUCUUUCUUGUAUGGCUUCUCUAGAAAAUUCUAUUCCUAAGAACAAAAACACAAAUCAUGGUAAGAAUUGUGUGGAUAUUUUCGAAAGUCCGGGUCCACUGCAUGAUAUAAUUGUAUGUUGGCUAGAUCAACAUGAAAUUGGGAGGGGUGGAGGCUUUAAGCAUCUUCAAGUUCUCAUCUUGGAACUUAUUAGGAAUGGCAUAUUUUAUCCUCCUGCUUAUGUGAGGCACCUAAUAGUCAGUGGAAUAAUGGACAGAAAUGAAACUUCAUUUGAUUUAGAAAGAAGAAAAAGACAUUAUAGAAUUUUGAAGCAGCUUCCUGGUGCCUGUUUGUUUGAGGCCCUAGAAGAGUCAGAAGUGUUAGAGGCUGAAUUCCUGAAUGCAGCUGUUCAGGUUUACUCAAAUGAGCGUCAACUUGUUCUUCAUGGAUCUUUUGGUCAUUCUAGUCACCUGCCUAACAAGCAUGACAGUUAUGGACCUUUUUCCCUUCAGAGACAAAAGGAUCUAGCAUUUGCUUCUAAGGAAGGUUCCUCAAUGAUGUUAUUGGAGACCAACCGGAACUCAAAUAUAGCCUUUCAAUCUAGGCCAUUUGUCAACGCUAAGGUGAAGGACCAAGUUGCUGAGCUUAAGGUUUUGAUUUCAACUUUACUUCGUUUUCCAUAUACUUGCUCUGCACAAAUUGAAACACAAGUCGAUGAAUCUCCUGGAAGCCAAAAGAGACUUUUAGGAUCAUCUGGUAUCAGAUUUGAUUCAUCUGAAGGGAUAGUUUCUUGUGAGGAUUGUAGGGAAGCAAAAAGACAGAAGUUAACAGAGGAAAGGAGUUCUUCCCAUCAGAUUAUUGCUUCAAAUCAGUCAGAUGAUGAAGACACUUGGUGGGUGAGAAAGGGACCCAAAUCCGUAGAAUCCAUGAAGGUUGAAUCGGCUAAUAAACUGACUAAACAUGUUUCCAGAGGCAGGCAAAAGACAGUCCGAAAAAUGAGCCUUUCACAGUUAGCAGCAGCUAGGAUCGAGAGUAGCGAGGGUGCUUCAACUAGUCAUGUGUGUGAUAACAAGAUGAGCUGCCCACACCACAGAUCUGGUGUUGAUGGCAAAGUUUCCAAGGAAGCUUUCAGGUUGAAGAGUAUUAAUCUUAGUGAUAUUGGGAAGACUAUAAAACAACUUAGGUUACUUGAGAAAAGGUCAAUCUCUAUAUGGCUUUCAACAUCAAUCAAACAACUGGUUGAUGGAAGUGAAAAGACUGUUUCCAAACCAAGCAAUGGUAAUGGUUCCUUUUCAACGCCACUUGAAGAAAGGAACACAGUACGAUGGAAACUAGGGGAGGAGGAAUUAUCUACCAUCUUGUAUAUUUUAGAUAUUUCUUCAGACUUAAUAUUGGCUGUCAAGCUUCUUUUAUGGCUCUUAACGAAGACUUUCUGCGGGCAAAACAAUAAUGGUCAUGUUGGGAGAAAUGUUGUGAUGCUAACAAAAGGUAGGGAAAAUCAUGUUUGUCAAGUUGGGGAGGCAUUUUUUAUAUCAGCCCUUCAAAGGUAUGAGAAUGUGAUUGUGGCAACUGAUUUGUUGCCUGAACUCUUAAAUGCAGCAAUGCAUCGAACUAUGGCUACUCUGACACCUAGUGGAAGAUCUUUCUGUCCGGCUUUUGCAUACAUUAGAAAUUUGCUGAAGAAAUACAGAGACGUCUCUAGUGUUAUUAGAUGGGAAAAAAAUUUCAAAUCUACUUGUGAUCAGAGAUUCCUAACAGAACUUGACACUGGUCGCAUGCUUGAUGGAGAUAUUGGUUUCUCUGCUGGAGUUUCUGGAGGAAUCAGUGAUUUUGAUGAUUAUAUCCGCCAAAAGAUUACUGUGAGGGUUUCUCGAACUGGAUCAAGCAUGAAAGAAAUAGUGCAAAGGCAUGUUGAGGAAGCUAUGCACUACUUUUAUGGAAAGGAGAGAAAGCCUUUUACUACAGCUAAUGCUAAUUUUAAAAACUCCACUGAAAAGUGGGAUGAUGCUUGUCAAGUGGCACAAGAGAUUGUUACUGGACUUAAUGAUUGUAUUAGGCAAAAUGGUGGUGCAGCUCUUGAAGGUGAUCCUUCUAUAGUGGCUUCUGCUGUUUCAUCAAUUGUUGGCAAUUUAGGCCCAUCCGUAGUCAAAGUACCGGAUUUUAUAAACUGCAGCCACCAAAAUCUUUCAUCCUCUUCUACAUCAUUGAAUUGUGCUCGUUAUAUUUUAUACAUUCAUAUAAUUUCACUUUGUUUACUUAAAGAAGCUCUUGGAGAACGUCUCGGUCGUGUAUUUGAGAUAGCUUUGGCUGUUGAAGCUUCUGUGGCCAUUUCAGGAUCAUUAUCUUCUGUAAAAACUCAUCGAAAUCCAUAUCAACAGUCUCCUGAAGCUCAUGAUAUUAGUCCAAACCAUUCAAAUGAGAUUUUGAACAAUUCUGCUAAUGUUGUGGGUUUAAAGGUUGCAAAGGCUACCGCUGCUAUAUCUGCACUUGUUCUUGGGGCUAUUGUGCAUGGGGCUGUUAACUUGGAAAGGAUGGUCACAGCUUUUAAAUUGAAAGAGGGGCUGAAUGUUCUUCAAUUCAUUAGAAGUGCCAAAUCUAGUUCAAAUGGGGGGAUAUCCCGCUCUUUUGGCAAUUUCAAAUUGGAGCCUAGUGUUGAGGUUCUUGCACAUUGGUUUCGUCUACUUGUAGGGAACACGGAAGCAAUUUGUGAUGGAUUAGUCUUAGAAAUCCUUGGUGAGUCAUACAUAAUUGCUCUCUCUAGGAUGCAACGAAUGCUCCCUCUAAAUUUGGUUCUUAUUCCUGUAUAUUCAAUAUUUGCUAUGGUUAUUUGGAGACCCUAUGUUCUGAACAGUAGCAUUGCAACUCGUGAAGACAUUCACCUCUAUCACCUCCUAUCUUUGACUGUUACUGAAGUUAUCCGGCACCAGCCAUUUCGUGAUUUAUGUUUCCAGAACACUCAUGCUUUUUAUGAUCUUUUAGCAAAUGAUGUAGGUGAUUCUGAGUUUGCUGCAAUGCUUGAGCUACUUAAUCCGGAUAAACAGUUGAAGACAAGGGCAUUUGUCCCUCUCAGAGCAAGACUUUUUCUAAAUGCUCUCAUUGACUGUAAAAUGCCUCUCAAUACUUUGAUUCAGGAGGAUGGCUCUUUGAUUUCCGAGUCUGUUGAACCAAUGACAUUUUCUGAGAUGGAGCAGAACCUUUUGAGUCAGCUUGUGCAUGUUUUAGAUACCCUUCAACCCGCAAAAUUUCAUUGGCAGUGGGUUGAGCUGAGACUUCUUUUGAAUGAAAAAGCUCUUCUUGAGAAAAUUGACAUGAAGGACAUGUCUCUUGUUGAGACCAUUAGAUCAGUGUCACCAAAUGCUGACAAUUUUGCUGUUUCUGAAAGUGACAAGUUUUUGUCUGAAAUUAUCCUGACUAGAAUUCUUGUCAGACCUGAUGCAGCUCCUCUUUAUGCUGAAAUUGUCCAUCUCCUUGGGAGGUCACUGGAGGAGUCACUCGUGAUGGGUAUCAAAUGGAUUUUAGCUGGUAGUGAUGUCUUGUCAGGACGCAAAUCCAUCAGACAGCAGCUUGUUUCAGUUGCUCAGAGGAAGUGCCUCUCAAUAAAAACCCUUUUUUGGAAACCAUGGGGGUGGCCAAACCUCAUGGCAGAUAUUGCUUCAAAUAGAGGUGAAAAGAACAAAUUGGAUAUGGUUACCAUUGAAGAAGGGGAAGUGGUUGAUGAUGCCAGUGAUGCUAAAAGGUCCGGUAAGAUCAACUUUCCCACAGUUGAUGCGGACAACAUCACUUCUAGUCAGCAGUAUGUAAUUGAGAAAGCAAUCGCUGAAUUAAUACUUCCAUGUUUAGACAGGAGUUCUGCGGAUCUAUGCAAUUCAUUUGCUGUUGAGUUGAUAAAACAGAUGAAUAUGAUUGAUCAGCAAAUAAAUGUUUUCACUCGUGGUGGUAGUAAGCAGCCUGGUUUAGGCCCUUCAGGGGUUGAAUUGUCUUCGAACAAAGGUAGUAGUCGCAAAGGUUUGCGAGGUGGAAGCCCUGGGUUAGGUAGGCGAGCUAUAACAGCAGCUGAUAGCCCUCCACCAUCGGCAACAUCACUGAAAGCUUCCAUAUGGUUGCGGAUGCAAUUUUUAGUGAGAUUACUACCUAUUGUUCUUGCUGAUAGGAACUUGCGGCAAAUGCUUGCAUCUAUUAUACUUCAUCUGGUUGGAACCCGUUUUGUCCACGAGGAUGCAGAUCUUUCCCUGUCUAUGGUGCAUAUGGCUCCUCCAAAGAGGGAGAUGGAGGUUGAGGUUUCUGCUGCUGCAUUACUGGAUUAUUCGGGUGACAGCCUCUUUGAUACUUUCUUGUGUGUACUUCAUGGUUUAUUAAGCAGUUGCAAGCCUAGUUGGUUAAAGCCCAAGUCUGUCUCCAAAUCCCUUGUCAAAUCUCCUAGAGAUUUUUCAGCUUUUGAUUCUGAGGCAAUGGAAGCUAUGCAGGCCGACUUGGACCACAUGGAGCUUCCAACAACAAUUCGACGACGUCUACAAGCUGCAAUGCCCAUACUCCCUGUUUCCCUUUCCCUAUAUCCACCUUACCAUCCUCCACUAAUGCCAACAACAGCACCAUCAUUAUCGCCACCUUUAUCCUCUACCUUGGCCCCCUUACAUCGAUCCACGCCUUCACGUCCUCUCAUUAAAAAUAAGUCCCUCUCCUCCCAAGAUCUCGAUAAUGAAAUUGAUCCAUGGACAUUGCUCGAAGAUGGCACAGGCUGUUCUGUUGCUAGUGUUGGUGGCAGUGGAGGCUCAGUCAGUGGAGACCACUCCAAUCUGAAGGCCUGCAGUUGGCUUAAGGGAGCCGUGAGGAUAAGAAGAACUGAUCUGACCUAUGUCGGAGUAUUGGAUGAUGAAAGCUGACCACUUUUCUUGUAACAAUGUGCUUCUAAAAUCUUCCAUGGCAUGAAAGUUUUUCAAACAUGGCAUUUGGGGCAAAAGCCAAGGGAAUAUGGCAACUGCCAGUCUCCUCAGACUGAACCGUUCGUGCAAGAAUCAGACGAUACCAAUACAUUUUCUAACAUGUCCUGCCUUUUUUCUUUGUAUAGGGAAUAUUGAUUUAGUUCUCCAUUGAGGCAAGCAAGUCAACUCUGUGAGAUGUGCUCUCAACUCCAUUUUAAUUCAUAUAUCCCCUUUGUCUAUUUUUCACAUGAUAUGUUCCAGGUUCUAACGAUAUCAUGGAUUUGAUAAUGCAAUUGCUUCUGUUGUCUUUGACUGCUGUAUGUGACGUGACAACUCCAUCUAUCUUUAUAAGUACACACUUACAAA